UUCCACACAGUCAACAUCUAUCUUACAACACAACCAAGUCGGCGCAACUCGCAAGGAUUACCAUGACGAGCAUCUGCAGCAGCAACUUCCAGCAGCAGCACUAUCAGCUGACCAACGGCAACAUCAUGUUGCUGCAACACCAGCAGCAGCAGCAUCACCAACAGCAGCAGCAGCAACACCACCAGCUGAUUGCCCCAAAAAUGCCGCUGGGCACCAGCCAGUUGCAGAACAUGCAGCAAAACAACCAGCAGUCCAACGUGGGACCCAUGAUGUCGCAGCAGAAGAAGAAGUUCAACUACAACAAUAUGCCCUACGGCGAGCAACUGCCCUCGGUGGCCCGGCGAAAUGCCCGUGAGCGCAACCGUGUGAAGCAGGUGAACAACGGAUUCGUGAAUCUCCGCCAGCACUUGCCGCAGACGGUGAUCAAUUCGCUGUCGAACGGAGGUCGCGGCGCCAGCAAGAAGCUGUCCAAGGUGGACACCCUGCGCAUCGCAGUGGAGUACAUCCGGGGACUGCAGGACAUGCUGGACGAUGGCACCGGCUCAUCGCGUCGUCCCAUUUACAGCUUGGCCGACGAGAGCAGCAACGAUGGCAGCAGCUACAACGACUACAACGACAGCUUGGACAGUCCGCAGCAGUUCCUGCUCGGCGCCACCCAACUGAACUCUGCCCAAGCCCACUCCUACCACUCCGCCUCGCCAACGCCUUCGUACUCCGGAUCCGAGGUGUCCGGCGGCGGCGGCUAUGUUAAGCAGGAGCUGCCCGAGCAGGACCUCAAGUUCGAGUCCUUCGACAGCUUCAGCGACGAGCAGCCCGACGACGAGGAGCUGCUCGACUACAUUUCAUCCUGGCAGGAGCAGUGAGUGGAUCUCACCGAAAAGCCAACACGAUCAACCAAAAAAUCAAACAAUCAGCAACCUGUACAAAUUGUAAAUACCUCAAAUGUUGCCUUAGUGAGUGACCAACCACCAAGUCCCAGAUUCUAUUUAAGCUCCUAAGAUACAACCCAAACUUUUUUUUGCACUAUUUUAAGACCAUGGAAGACAAUGAUAUAAAACAUAUAUUUUUUUCUUAGUUCUAAGAUUUGUUAUAAGCAUGGAAGACACUAAACUAACUACUUUUAAGGCCAAAAUAAAAACAAACAAGCAAAUUCAAAACAUAAAUUCAA